CCCAAACUUCCUUGUCUUGCCCUCCGCGAGACCGAUCUCUCCGCCUUUGGAUCCAUCCGCCACCGCUGCUCGCGCCAUUCCGCGGUUCGUCUCCCCCUCCCCGCUCGCUCCCGCAAGCUCUCUUCACUCCCCGCGCCGGCCAGAAGGCGGCCAGCCAAACCCUAGCGGAGCGGGUGGGAGGAGGACCUCCGCCGCCCGUCGCCAUGGACUCGGCGCUGCUCUCGCUCACCUGCGCCGGCCUCGGCGCCUCCGAGGAGGACGAAGACGGCGCCGUCGUCGGCUACGUCAAGGGCGACCACUGCCUCGAUAAUCUGAAGGACCUGCAGAGGUUCCUGCGGCGGGACGACCAGGAGCAGCGGGAGGUUUUCAAGCAGGUUUGCAAAUGGAAGAUCGCGUCUAGAGAUCUGGUUCCCAUCAUCGAGAAUUACCAGGCGGAUCGCAACCUGGUGAUCACAGCAGUGAAAGUGUUGGUAUUCCUUACCAUGCCUGUGGAGCCUUCAUCGGAGGAUGUUGCACAGCAGAUAGAGUAUCUGUGGGAUUUGAAGGCUGCACUGACACGCAAUGUUGCAAUCGCAGUCAUUGUGUCUCUUCUUGAAGACCCAUUGGAUCAUUUGGAAAGAACUUCAUUCACGGAAGAUGACUGGAAGCUAGUUCAGCUGGUGCUUACUUUGUUUCGCAAUGUCUUGGCUAUUCAAGAAAUCACAUUGCCUCAGAAGGCAUCUGGAGAAGCCACCCAGUUACUCUGCCUUGCUGACAGCUUUUUAGAGCUGAUGUUUCAAGAAAAUGUGAUGGAUCUAAUUUUAGUUCUAACUCAGCAUAUUGAUGAGCCAUCUGGUUAUCUCAAGCAGGAAAACCUUCUUUUAUUGGAAAUAUUUCAUUAUCUCUUCUUAGGCAGGGACCCAGAAUUGAUUGCCAGAGUUUGUAGUGAAGGUCUGAAGGAGCAAGUUAAUGGAGAUAUCGAUACAUCAGUACAUUCUUUGAGAUUGAUGAUGGAGAAGGAAGAGAGGGAGAAGAGGAUGUUCAGGCAACAAAAUGCGGAGCAUCACUCGCUCAAUGGAAUUUUUACAUGCCUUUCAGUGGAUGGAUCUACGUCAUUGUGCAAAGGGAAUCCCAGCUCAGCAAUAGCAUCUGCAAAUAGCCUCCGGAAAAUACGUAAUGUCCAAAAAGGCCCUCAGAAAAGGAUAGCCUGGGAUAAUGAGCUGCUUUACAUUCCAAAGGUGGGAAUUAUGGAAAAGCUAAGAAGUUUUCUGGAUCAAUUUUUAUCUGGAGGAUACAAUGUGCUGAUGCAGUCUGUUUGCGAUGAUAUCGUGAAGGAGCACCAUUCUAUCCAGAAAUCUGAUAACACUACAUUCUUCAAAGUUGUUCGCUUUGUCUUAGCUUUUCAACAUGAGAAAGCAUCAAAUGCCCAGAAAUCUAAUGCCGGGCCUCAGCUGUCCGGGACUUCUCCAAGCAAUGAACAUGAUGAGAAUCUGCCAUUCUGUGGUGACAUAUGUGGACCUGUUGCAGCCACAUUGAACGAAGAUAUGUUCAAUAUAGUCAUUUCCAGGUGGCGUGAGACCUAUGAUGACCUGAAGCAAACUAAUGAUUAUAAAACGCUUUCAGCAGCUGGGUCCUUGAUGAAGAACAUGAUAGGCAUGAUAUAUUUGGUGCUAAAAGUUCUUCCUGAAGAUUCAAGGGAAUCUCAAACAGCCCGCGUUUUACUGUAUAAGCUGUUCUAUGAUCAGACGGAACAAGGCCUCACUCAAUUUCUGCUGAACUUGUUCAGAUCUUUUGAUACUCAUAAGCAACCAAAAAGUGCUCUUGCGGAUUUAUUAGAAACAAUUCAUAUCAUGCUGCAACUCAUGGAGAAGCUUCAGUCACGUGGCACGUUAAGGGUCGCGAAAAGGACAAGAAAGGGCAGAAAAAGGAAGACAUCAAAUGACAAAAAAGAGAAUACUGAAUCCAAAACAGAAAAUGUGGAAGAAAGCUAUGUUGAUCCAACAGAUGGGACUAAAUGUGCAUCUGAUUCACUUCCAGAUUUGAGAAAUGAGGAUCCUGUAGCAGAACCUACUCUCUUAGAGCAAGGAAAAGUUGAUUCCCAUGGAACAGAUCUACCAGAUGUGCAUGUGGAUAACGUGGUUAAUCUGGAGAGCACCACACAGCUUGGAGGUGAUCCAUCUGUUGCAGGCAGUGGUGAAAUAAAAAGAAAUGUGAUUGAUGAAGAGGAAGAGUCUUCAGAUUCUUCAAUUGAUGAUUGUCCCCCAGCUACAAGUGAAGUUGAUUUUAAUGUAUCCCGGUUAAUAUCCAGUCUUGCAAACAAUUCUGUUGUCCAAAAUAUAUGCUGGUUGUUAAAGCACUACAAGACUAAUUCCUUUCGAACAAAUCACUACAUCAUAUGCAUGCUGCGAAGAUUCUGUGAAGAUCUACAACUCUCGCCAAUGCUCUAUCAGCUGUCACUUCUUACUACUUUCUAUGAUAUAUUAGCUGAACAGAAGUUGUCUAGUUCAAAGGAGUAUGCAAACAUUGUAAAUUUUCUUUCUAAGAUUGUAAGGAAGAUGCUGAGGACAAUGAAAAAACAGCCAUUGUUAUUUGUUGAGAUACUCUUUUGGAAGUCACGGAAGGAGUGCCAUUGCAUUGGUGCUGAUGCUCUACUGAAUGAGCUCAAGGGAGAUGUUAACAACAAGGCUGCUGAAGUUGGUUCAAGUAAGGGAUGGAGAGGUCCAAUAAACAUAGCAGAUUCUCUUGGUGACGAUGAAGCUGACUAUGUUAUACCACCGGAACCAUAUGAUGCUGAGGAUGGAGAUUCAUCUUCUGGCGAGCGUGAAGGAGAAACUCAGAAGAGCAUGGGUGCCACAAAUAAAAGAAACAUAUUACUAUCACUUUCAGGCAGCGAAGAGGAUAACGAUAGGAAUAUUGUAUCAAGAGGUUCUCAACAUUCAAGGGUCCCAAAGAGACGAGGGCGCUCCAUUUUUAACGAAGAGCAAGAGAAGCUUAUCAGAGAUCUUUAUGAGAAACAUAAGGAUGACCGCAAAUGCAGUCAUCUAAUUGCUCAAGCUUUAGAUCCCAGUGGAAAUAUAUCUUCUGCUCAAAUUUCUCGAAAGCUUACACAGCUAGGUCUCAGGAAUGUCGUGAAGAAGACAAAAGUUCCAGAGGCACCUCUUUCAGCUGGAGACCUGGAUACACAACCACAAGACCACUUCCUUGCUGAUGCUAAGCCAGAAAGCACUAGGCACAGAAGAAAAAGGCUACAUGGGUUAAGCAGUAAUCCUGACAAUGCGAAUCAUGGAAUAUCAUCUGAUGAUGAAUCACUGCAAGCACUUAAAAUCAGGACCAAAAAUAAGAAGCUGCCUUCGGUGGAGCUUUCGCCGGGUACAUCACAGCAUCAAGAUGUUUUGCAAGACGUGGAUUCUGAUGAUGAGAUCAUAGGAUCUAUGCUUAGUAGAGGAAAAAAGAAGAGGUCAUCAACGUCAGAUUUUACAGUCAACAGACAAGAACACCAAGGAUCUUCAAAGAACACAGGUCCAGAUGAUCGGACUAUUGGUUCAAAUGCCAUGGAUGCUCCUCUUCAUCUGGGGUUAAAUUCAUUCGAUAAUAACAAUGGUCAUGCUGGCGAAACUGAACUUUUGGAUGAUUUCAGUGAGCCUGAGCUGGAUCAUCAUGAAAAUACUGUGCAAAGGAUCGUCGAUGACAGAGACAUAUCUGAAGCCAUGGACAUGAUAAGCCCUGGUGCUAGUCAAAAGUCUGGGUUUAAAAGAAGGCACAGAUUGGUAAUUGAUAGCGACGACGACGACGAGUAGUUACCCAGAAGGUGUUGAAAGUUAUCAAAUACUUCCUCCGAUCCUAAAUUGUUGUUGAAAUAUUACAUGUAUCUAGAUGCCUUUUAAGAGUAGAUACAUUCACAUUUGGGCAAAUUUGAGACAAGAAUUUAGGAGCUGAGGGAGUAGCUGCUUAGAUGGUCUGCCACUGUUUCCGUGAUAUAUGCAUCUGAGUCCGAAGCAGUCUUCAUGAAAAAGGAUAGUGAAUUUUUUUCUGAGACGAAAGGAUAGCGAUCUUACACGGGUCUCAGUUCUAGUUACCAUAGACCGGUGAGUUUCUAAACAACUGCUGAAUCACCAGAAUAUUGGUUCUAUUUGGUAACUGAACCAGCAAUAGAGAUUUCUCAACCCUUCAGAGUGGUCCAAAGGGUCAUCAGUCAUUGCAA